AUGCUCAAACAACAACGUGAACACAAAUACCCAAAGGGCUGGCUUGAGCAUCAACAACCCAGACCAUUUCGCCUCAGACUCCCAGCCCUUGACGCAGCCUGGGGCGGCUCCGUCCCUGAUAUAAGUUUGUUUUUUACGUCCAGGUGGAUCGAGACAAAUCGAAAAGAGCAGGGCUGGGGCCUGACACUUUCAAGUUUCAUGAGACUUCGACUGUUCUACGAUCGAUCGACUAGCCACGUGGUACCUGCUUCAGCCUCCUUGGGCUGGCUGAAUGACGGAGGAGUUGAUGUUGGGAUUACAGGAUCUAAGGGAGGUCACGUCCGGGAAGGGGUAAGCGAGGGGCGAAAAGUUUGUGUCCAGCAAGAUUGGUAUUGGCCAGGUCUCAAAUGGACUCUUCACCACUGGCUAAGGCGCAACAAGCUCUUGGAAGCGAUGUGGCUUUGGGAGCCGAGUAACCGCAAGGGGAAGCUGUCAAUACUGAGGAUUAGAAGGAGAUAUGGGGUCCUGCAAGCCAUCUUGUUCCUAAAAGGUGGAGAGUGGCUUGACAGGGAGAAAAGGUUCAAGGAUAUCGCCAUCGCCUGGAAGAUGGAAGUCGGCGGCAGCUGGCAGAUGGUGAGAGAUGCAGCGAGUCCCAUGCCGAGCUCGCUUCUCGAAGCUUGGCUUUCCAAGGUUCUUCCAAUUUGGCCCGGGCGCCGGAUACUGAAUCCAGACCCUUUUUUAGCAACCUACCGAACAUCCUCGAAACUAAACAGUAAAUCCCACCCCAUCUUUCUUCCGCAAAACACAACCAUGCUUGAUAAUCGCCUCCAUGAGCCGAUGACUGCAGCAAUUGACACAUUUCUGCAUUCAAAAACCAAACCCUGCCCGGACAUGCACGCCGGGCUUGAGAAUCCGAUGGGACGGCACACUAGCCCGGUUGUUUCCUUGAUGCUGCACGCGAACGUUCAGCCGUCCACAGCUAUGUGGAGUUGUGCGAAUGGUGCUCUGCUAACUUUCGGAACUGUUCGUCGCCUCGCGAAAAGACGGUUAGGGUGGAAUCAAUCCGUUAAAUUGCUUGCUGAAACGAAGUGGAUCCCCCAAAGGGUGCAAAGUCUUCACGAUGCAGGGUGUGGGGCAAUUCUAAAUUUGUCGGAGGGUUCAAUACCUAAGCCCAGCCAAAACUAG